AUGAGGGACCGAGUUUCGGCUGGACCUUUGCCUUUGCAGCGAGCACGCCACAAGCUGGCUAGCCUACAGAGUGGACCGUCCACUCCAACGAGUAGCCUUCGAACUACUACAAUUCGAUCUGGUUCACCGCCUUCUCCGGCAGCCUCUUCAAAUGCCUCCAGGGAGGACGGCAACGAGGAGACGCGGGGAGAGAAUGGGCAGGGUGUGCAGGAUGCGAGAACUCCAAAGGUGUUGUGGGCCGCUACCCCCACGCCAAAGGCAACUGAAGCUGCGUACAGCUUUUCUUUGCCACCGACGGAAUGUGUGGUAACGACUCCCUCGCCUGCGUGUUUGAAUGCAGACGCGACGGUCUUCGUACCGGUGGUCCAGUCAGGCAGGGAUGGUCCAGUGCUGCAGAAGAAGAAGCCUGAGACUCGCCGUGAAGAGUAUGCCCGCUCAGAGCAUCUCGAAGCCCAAGCUGUGAUGAUGGCAGAGUCGGUUUUGGGACUUGAUUCAGAGGUGCGCAAUCCACCUGCACAGGUGCAGCACCAAUUGGACCAAGGAAGCCAUGCAAACCCAGAGCCAGUUCAAGCGGUUCAACCGCGCAAUCCGAUGCCAUCGAAGGGCUCGGCUUUGCAUGCUUCUGGGCAAUGCCGUCCGUGUGCUUGGAUGUGGAAGCCGAAGGGGUGUCAGAAUGCUGAGAAUUGCGAGUACUGCCAUCUCUGCCCAGAAGGUGAACUGAAGCAUCGCAAGAAGCUGAAAAUCGCUGCAAUUCGCAUGGGAGCUCUGGGGCCAUCAUCCCAUGAGCGGGCUGGAAAAGCAGCCCCUCGAAGAGAUUUGAAGCUUUCGUCUUUGCUAUGA